CAGCCUAGAAAUAUCGAUCAAUUAUGGCACCACAAAGGAGAUCAAAAAGAGUCCUGAAAAGGGACUAUGAAAAUAUGAGUAAUACUCCUAGUGUACCUACUAGGCAGACUUUGCCUAGGAAGUGUAAGAUGGUUAAACCAUUUUACGCGGUUGAUAUCUAUGAUGAUGAAGAGGUUUAUCAAAUAGUUCCUCAAGCGAAGAAGAAGAGAGCAGGAUUGGCAUCUUCUAUGAGCACCAAAGAACCGGCUAGUACAACAGUUGACAAACAUACUAUUAUGGAACUGGCUAGCACAACAGUUGAAAAGCAAGAGAAACCGGCUAGUACAACAGUUGAAGAACAACCCCCUAUUAUAACAGAACAAGAUUCUAUUAUAGAACCGGCUAUUACAACAGUUGAUAAGCAUCCUAUUAUAACAGAACAAGAUCCUAUUAUAGAGUCGGCUAGUGCAACAGUUAAUGAAGAGCAAGAAAAGCCGAUACCAGAGGAAAUAUUCAUCAUCUAUACCAUCCUAGCAUGGAUUAUAGAAAUGAAAGUGGUGAAUGAGAAUACAAUGGUAAGAUGUAUCCAUGGGACGAAUAAGGAGGUCAUUGGUAUGGGGAUGCUCACUAAAGAAGGGAUUUUAUGUUUGUGCUGUUGUAGCGUGUUUUCUGUCUCUCUAUUCCCUAAACAUAGCGGAGAUAACUUGGGUACAAGACCUUAUGAGAACAUAUUUAUUGGAGAAACGAAUGUUUCGUUGUUGACUUGCCAGCUUGAGGCAUGGAACAGGCACUCAGUGCCUGCUCGAAGUGGCUAUAAUCAUGUUGUGAGGCAGCCUAAGGUCCAUGAUAACUCUGAUGAUACUUGCGUGAUUUGUGCUGAUGGAGGUGUUCUUAUAUGCUGUGAGAAUUUCCCUUCUACAUACCAUCCUGCAUGUUUGGGCUUAAACGAUGUUCCGCAAGAGGAGUGGCUAUGUCCUUAUUGUCAUUGCAAAUAUUGUGAUGAGAAAAACCCGAAAAAUAUUCUGUUAACCUGUCUUCAGUGCUUGAAAAAAUAUCAUUCGUCGUGCUCAGAAUCUUUUGACAGCAAGCCCCCGAGGCCAGAGCCACAUACCCUCCCCUUCUGUGGAAUCACCUGCUGGAAGGUGUUCCAUAAACUGGAGGGAAUAUUGGGAAGAAGCAUGCCAACUGCAAAGACUGUUGACAAAAAAGAAAUUACAUGGAGAUUAAUCAGAAAGAUGGAUGUAGACUUGGCAGGACAAAAUCAUGAAGACCUGUAUAUGAAAGCCAACUGCAAUUCAAAGCUUGUUUUAGCAAAUAAGCUGAUGGAAGACAGUUUCGACGGGCAAGCUCAGAUGAACAUGCUCCAAAAUGCCCUUUAUAGUUGCGGGUCCAACUAUACAAGGACCAACUUCAGCAGAUUUUACACUGCUAUUUUGGAGUGUGAAGGGGAGGUUAUUUCCGCGGCAACACUAAGAUUGCCGUCGCCAGAUCUAGCAGAAAUACCCUUCAUUGCUACUAGUGAGCAAUGGAUAGGAAAAGGGCUGUACAAGAUCUUAAUGGAAGUCAUUGAUGCAGCCUUAGGCGAAAUUGGGGUGGAACAUAUCAUUAUACCAUCUUCAGCUGACAUGGUGGAAUAUUGGCAUUCUCUUGGGUUUGCGCCUCUGGAAGACGCGAUAACAGAAAAAUUAACAACCUUGAACACCCUGAUGUUCCCUGCAACUGUAAGACUGAGGAAAGCUGUUAAGUUAGUAAAAAGGGCCAUGAUCAAACAUGACCUGAACUUGGAUCCAGCAGCAAAUUAGUAACUGUCAUCUUUUUUUAAGCUUGUUCAAAAACUUAAAUGUCUGAUGUAAUUUUAAUUUUGUGUUUGUUUCAUUAAUGUUGAAACUGGCUAGCACAGAGAGUUAGUGAAACUACAGGAUAGAGGACAGUUUUUAGUUGAUCAGUCAUUCAGUCUAGUGUUAUGGACAAUAGAGCAAUGUCUGUAUACCUGUAUUGGCCUCCGCGACUCUUCUUUAAUCUUUCUUCAGUUUAGACU